AUGAGUGGAUCAUUGCUUGUGUUGCCAUCGAGAGAACAAGCAAUUNUGGCUAAUUCAGCCACGAAUAGUAUUGGCGUCUUCUUUGGCUUUGGAAAUGGAAGUUUCACCACAGCGCAGUUCUAUUCAACCGGGUUAAGUUCUGGUUCGAUCUGGAUCAGUAUCGCUGAUCUUAAUAACGACAACUUACUCGAUUUAGCAGUGGCUAAUCCGUUCGGUAACAACGUCGGUGUGUUUCUCGGAGAUCAUCACGGAAAUUUUACGAAUCAAUGGACUUAUGCCACUGGUCCUGACUCCAAGCCGUAUUCGCUCACCAUUGGCGAUUACAAUCGAGAUGGUCGAUUAGAUCUGGCUACGGCUAAUUUUGGUUCAAAUAGCAUUGCUAUCUUACUUGGCCAUCCAGCACAAGAUUCUUCGCGUAAUCGAACACCGAUUUUAUUAGGAAACUACUAUGCAAAUUUUCAAAGUGAAACCAGUUAUUCAACAGGCUCUAGUCCUCGUCCAUAUUCGUUUGCCAUUGGCGACCUGAAUAAUGAUACACAAAUGGAUAUUGUUGUUGCUAAUUCAGGAGGAGAAAAUCUCGGCAUAGCUCUGGGCCAUGACAACGGUUAUUUUACUUCAGCAAGUCCCUUUCCCAUUGGCACAGGUUCUAAUCCAGGCCAUGUUAUUAUCAAUGAUUUUAAUGGAGACAAUGAGUUGGAUGUUGCUCUCACCGAUGGCAACAACAAUAGUGUUGUAGUACUGUUAGGUAAUGGAAACGCUACAUUUCCGACAAAGCUCACAUAUACGCUCGAUACCAAUUCGAACCCAACUGCUCUUGCUGUUGGUUACGUAAAUGAAGACAUCUAUUUAGACUUAAUUGUUGCAAAUGAGAAUCAAGGUACGGUUGGCAUAUUCUACGGACUUAAAUAUACACGAUUUACAUGGCAAACUCCAUGUGAUGCCGGAAAAGAUUCUAGUCCAGAUGGAUUAGCUAUCGGAGAUUUUAACAACGAUGGUUAUUUAGAUUUAACGGUCUCACUUUACUAUGCAGGAAAAAUCGGCGUGUUUCUCGGCUACGGCAAUGGCUCGUUUUCACCAGUUCGUACCUAUUCUGAAAUACUCCAUUCACAGCCGCGAGCUGUUACGGUCGGUGAUGUCAAUAAUGAUCAACGAUUGGAUAUUAUAGAAGUAAAGCGUGGUCUUAAUAGUAUUGCGAUCGUCUUAGGCUAUGGCAAUGGAAGUUUUGCUGAUCCAGUUCUGUUUUCAAGCGGUACUGAUUCUCGUCCACGUUCAGUUGCUGCUGGCGAUUUUAAUCAAGAUGAUUGUCUCGAUGUGACUGUUGCUAACUACGGCACAAAUACUGUUGGCGUCUUCUUUGGAUAUUGCAAUGGAACAUACGAUCCCGUCCUACAAUUAGAUACCGGCAAAAGUUCACGUCCUAAUUCAGUUACACUUUUUGACGUGAACAAAGAUUCUUAUCCAGAUAUUAUUGUUGCGAAUAGAGGUAUCGAUCAAGUUCGCAUAUUUUUUAGCAACGGUAAUAAAAGUUUUACCGAUCAGUUGAUUCUAUCUACUGGCGAUGCUUCGUCUCCUGUUCAUGCGAUUGCUCGAGAUUUUGACAAUGAUGUCAAAGUUGAUCUGGCCGUUGGAAAUUAUGGUACAUACACAAUUGUUAUCUUCUAUGGAUUUCACAAUGGCAGUUUCAAUCAUAUUCGUACAUUUUCAACUGGGAGUAAUCUUCAUCCCGAGCAAUUGAACGUCGGUGACUUUAAUAAUGACAAUCAGUUGGAUAUAAUUGUCAUUGACUCGAAUAGUAUAUACAUGGGUGUCUUUUUUGGUUAUGCAGAUGGAACAUUUGCCAGUAUAUCAUUGAUACCUGUCGAACAAACUGCAGCUAUUCCAGGUUUCGUUGCUCUUGGUGACUUCAAUAACGAUGAUUAUUUAGAUAUUGGUUUGGCUGAGUACGGUAAUAAUUAUGUUCAAAUUUAUCUUGCUAAUGGUACGAAACCAUUCACCGGACAAACAACAUCCUACAAUGUCGGUGAAAAUUCUCUUCCGAGUGCAUUGGCUGUCGCAGACUUUAAUAAUGAUAGUUACUUAGAUAUUGCCACUGCCAAUCGUGGUUCGAAUAGUAUUGGUGUAUUCUUAGGCUAUGGGAAACGCUUAUUUUCAAACGUAACGCUCUACUCCACCGGAAAUGAUUCAUAUCCAGCAUCUCUAGUUACCGGCGAUUUUAAUAAUGAUUCGAUUAUCGAUAUUAUUGUGGCUAAUACAAUGAGCGAUACGAUUGUUAUAUUUCUUGGUGUAGGAAAUGGUGAAUUUGUUCUUUCACUGAGUUAUGGAAUGGGUGAGAAUGCGAAGCCAGUCUGUCUAGCUGUCGGUGAUUUCAAUCGAGAUUUGAAAAAAGAUCUUGCGGUAGUUAACUACGGUGCAAACAACGUUGCUCUUCUUCUUGGUACAAACAACGGACGUUUUGUUAAUCUAACAUGGUAUCCACUCGGUUAUGAUUCUCGACCGAAUUGGGUUGCUUUUAAAGAUCUAAAUAAUGACGGAUGGGAAGAUAUUGCUGUCGUUACUUACUACGAAGGACUUAUCAAGGUUCUUUUUAAUCAUUGUCCGAACUGA